CUCGUUCCAGCAUGUCCACCUCCACCGCAGACGCCGCCAAGGCGCCCGCCGCCACUACGGCAGCAGCGGCAGACGACGAUGUGCCCCAGCCGCUGCCCAACCUGGCGCUGCAGCAGCUCCACUUUGCCAUCCUCAGCCCACGCACCGAGCAGGCCGAGCGCAAGCAGAAGGCCGAGGAGCUGCUGAAGGGCAUCGAGGCCGACGAGAUGGCGCCCUACCUCUCCGCCCUUCUGGCCGGCCCGGCAGGCGAUGUGCUGCCCUCGCGCGCAAAGGAGCUCCUGGCGCCGCUGCAGGCCAAGAACGAGGAGGCGCUGCGGCUGAUGGACGAGGCGCAGACGCGCUUGGAGGAGAAUGAGGGCGAGAUGGAAGUCAAUGCCGUGCGGCGGCAGCGCGCCAAGUAUCUGGCGCGCAUCGGCGACAAGGACCGCGCACUGGAGGCGCACACCACUGCGAUCGAGAAGGCCGCAGGCCUGGGCUCUCGACUCGACCUUACAUUGGCGCAGAUUCGCAUCGGUCUCUUCCACGGCGAUGCCACUGUCACGACUGAGGGCAUUGCACGCGCCAAGGAGUUGGUGGAGGAAGGCGGCGACUGGGACCGGCGCAACCGCUUGAAGGUGUACGAGGGCUUGCACCUGCUCUCCAUCCGGCAGUUCAAGCAGGGCGGCGAGCUCUUCCUCGACGCCCUCUCGACGUUCACCGCAACGGAGCUGAUCUCGUACAACGAGUUCGUCACGCUCACCGUGCUGGCGAACAUGCUGAGUCUGGAGCGGAGGGAGAUCAAGAAGAAGAUCAUCGAGUCGCCCGAGGUGCUGCAGGUCAUCGACGAGAUCCCACACCUGCGCACCUUCACCACAUCCCUCUACGGCUGCGACUACGCCACGUUCUUCGUCGCGCUGGCCGCCGUCGAGCAGACGCACCUGCUGCCGUCGCGCGUGCUCUCGACGCACACGCGCUUCUACGUGCGCAGCAUGCGCGUGCUGGCGUACCAGCAGCUGCUGGCGAGCUACUCGAGCGUGACGCUCCAGGCCAUGGCGAGCGCGUUUGGCGUGAGCGAGGGCUUCAUCGACGAGGAGCUGGCGCGCUUCAUUGCCGCGGGUCGGAUCAGUGCGGCGAUUGAUCGCGUGUCGGGCACGAUCGAGACGCGGCGCUCGACAAGCACGACGGCGGCGUAUGAACGCGUGCUCAAGGAGGGCGAUGUGACGCUGAGCAGUCUGCAGAAGCUCAGCCGGACGCUCGUUGGCUAG